AUGAAAGUUCAAGAACCGUUUGUGAAAUUGGCGUUCUCGGCAUUUUUGGCGGCUCGUGGAUUUGCCUAUAUCACAUUUCACGUGGGUGCCGAAUGGAUCAACAAAACUGUCAACUGUGACGCAGACAAACCAGUGAAUGACAGUGAUAUCUCUGCCAAAUUCAUGGAGAAAAUUGAAUGGGACCUGGAAACCUCAGAGAUCAAUGACGUGCUUUGGUUAUACGCAAGCAAACUAGACUAUGACAGCAGGAAAUAUUCGUUUUAUUCUACAAUGAAAUUUCGUCUGCACAUGAACCCACUGAUCACACCCGAUGGACUGCACACUUUAUCCCAAACGCAUUAUUCACCCGCUUUUCCCGAUCGCUUCACACAAUUGAACAAUCAAGAAAUUCGCGUCGGUGUUCUAUUAGAUAAUUUAUUCAUCAAAAACUACGGUGAGCGCAUUGGAAACGAGUUGUUCGAUGCCUCGGGUAUGGCGGUCGACAUACUGGAGGGGAUGAGUAAACACUUUAAUUUCACGGCCCGCAUGCAUCGACUGAUUAAUUUAGUGCCGCAAGCUCAAACUUGCUUGCCCAAACGACCACAAUACAUAUCGAUGCACACACUGAGUGCCGUAAAUUUGAAAGAUAUGUUAUAG